GUUUUAUCAAUUAUAAGAUACAUGUUUCAAAUUCCUAUCAACGAUUACGGAUGCAAUUUUAACGGUUGUUAUCCUAUUUAUCUAUAUUAAUACUAAAAUCUAAUUUCCUUUUGUAUGUUGAGUCGCAUGCGUGCAGAAAAGGCGGGAAUCGGACGCGAAACGCCCGGUUGUGCUGUGCCUCUGCUCUCGGUCGCAACUGUUGUAUAAUUUUAGAGAAAGGAGGUUUGUUUUGGUCCACCACCUCCGCGGCAAGGAGUUUCGUGGCAUUUCAUAUCGCGGCACGUCCGUUUCGCUCGCUAUUAUUCGGAGGCGACGUUGCCGCUCCGUCCCGCGGCUCCAGCUCGAUUAUUUGGCUCGACCAAGGCUAGUCGUGAACAGUAGAGGCGGUUCGAGAGCAGUCAGUCUACCGCGCAGCUUGGUGCGCGACGUUUGUCCGAGGGCUCCGCUAGCCGCCCUCGUCAUCACUGAGCGCUUCGUAUGUGCGACAGAGACAGCGUAUAGAGUGAAAGAGAUGGCGCAAUGGCAGUGUCGCAACCUCGCCCACCUGACCGUGUUGAUGCCGCGCUCAAAAAAGUUGCGCCGUAGCGCUAUUUGGAAGCGCACGAAUGUAUCAAGUCGGAGCGUGCCGUGAUAUUUUAUUGUUCCUGUUUCUUGAAUUACAACUGUUCUUUUAAAACUCAAUUAAAUCUUGCGUUAAGAAAAAGAGAAGUCCUUCUUGUGUUCGUCAAUAAUUAUAAGGUGAUCGGGUGAUGGCCGAAGGCUGAUCGUUCGUGAAGAUGAUGAAACGCACGGGCGUACCCCGGCUCGGUCCUGAUGAACCGUCACCUUUGCAGGCCCAGAAUGCAGCCCAGCUACAACAAGCAGGCGCCAGUAGUCUUCAUUCGCUGGCACAACCACACAGCCAACCUAUAUUAAACUCGAACGCGCUGGUGUCAGUUGGAGGGUUCGGUCGGGGCUCUCGGGGGGCGGCCCCCGUGCUGGGCUACAUGAAGCCGGGCGCGUUGCAGUACGCGCCCCCCAAACAACCGCCACCGCAGAUGACGCCCAGGAUCAAGGCCGUGCAGCCCCCGGUGCCGCCCGCGCAGCCCCCCGCGGCGCCCCCGCAGGCCGGCGGCGGCGUGGCGGCCCCCCCCGCAGGCGCGCAGUCCCCCGGCCCGCAGACGCAGUUCCAGCGGCUCAAGGUGGAGGACGCGCUCUCCUACCUCGACCAGGUCAAGUACAAGUUCAACACGCAGCCGCAGGUCUACAACGACUUCCUCGACAUCAUGAAGGAGUUUAAGAGUCAAACAAUCGAUACGCCGGGAGUCAUCACCCGGGUAUCGAACCUGUUCAAGGGGCAUCCGGAGCUGAUUGUGGGCUUCAACACUUUCCUACCUCCCGGGUACAAGAUUGAAGUUCAGAGUAAUGGCCAGGUGUCAGUAUCGAUGCCGUCGCCGACGGCCAUUGGCAGCGGCGUCCUGCUGGGAGUACAUCACACGCAGCAACCGCAGCUAGUUCACUUGUUACCUGUUCCGCAUGCAGAGGAGUGUCGUCCCGUCGGGCCGGCGCUGCAGCACCUGUCCCACGCCGCGCCCGACCCCGCCCUGCACCACGCCACCGGGCCCCCGGUCACCCCGACGCCGACUGCUCCCCCCGGACAACCAGUCGAAUUCAAUCACGCCAUUGAAUACGUUAACAAGAUAAAGUCCCGUUUUUCCCGUCAACCGGACAAGUACAAGCGUUUCCUGGAGAUACUGCACGCGUACCAGCGCGGACACCGCGACCUCAAGGAGCCUCAAGCUAAACAACAAACGGAGCAAGAGGUUUACUCGCAGGUGGCUAAACUAUUUGAACAUCAAGAGGAUCUGCUGGCGGAGUUCGGCCAGUUCUUGCCGGACGCUAAGGCCGUUACCAAGCCAGAGCCUGCCCAUGAACAUCAUCCUCAGUUUUCUCCGGGUCAACCGCCGCGUGAGGUGGAGCCCGAGCGCUUUGCCCCCGCCGUGCAGCCAGAACCUGCUCCAAUGCACUUACAGCACGCUCUAGUUCCAAAGCAUGUGACUACCCCGCCGGCUGUGGUACAGCAUCCGCAGCAUCAUCACCUCAAGAGAUCUCCGAGUAUCUCAUCGACAGGUCAACCGUCGUCAGCCCCGCCGCCCGCCAAGAAGCCGCGCGCGUCGUGCUUGUCGGGCGCCACGGUGCGCGACGUGUCGUACUCGGAGGCGGCCAAGCUGGCCACCAUCCACGACUACAGCUUCUUCGAGCGGGCCAGGAAGGCGUUGCGCUCGCAGCAAGUCUACGAUAACUUUUUAAGAUGCCUGCUCCUGUUCACGAACGAAAUAAUAUCAUCGUCGGAGUUAUUGUCAGUGACGAGUCCGUUCCUGUGCCGCCACCCGGAGCUGCAGCGCUGGCUGCACGACUUCGUGGGCCCGCCCUCGCCGCCGCACACCCCCACCCACACCCCUAAUACGGGCUACCCUUGGACCAACCCUAUACCGGUGGAGCCCCGCCCUCGGUACGAGAGUGUCGGCGCCCUCGGGGCACAGAUGCGAAAUGAUCGCCCCCAAGGAGACAUGGCAAUGGAUAUUGAUCUAUCGACGUGCAAGCGUCUCGGCACGUCGUACUGCGCGCUACCUCGCGAGGCGGCCGCCAGGAAAUGCUCGGGACGGACGCCGCUCUGUAAAGAAGUACUUAAUGAUACAUGGGUGUCGUUCCCGACAUGGAGUGAAGACUCGACAUUCGUAACAUCAAGAAAAACCCAGUAUGAAGAAUACAUUUACCGUUGUGAAGAUGAGAGGUUUGAGCUGGACGUGGUUAUAGAAACAAACGCCGCCACCAUCCGAGUGUUGGAGGGCGUGCAGAAGAAGUUGUCCCGCAUGUCGGGCGAGGACGCGGCGCGGUACCGGCUGGACGACUGUCUCGGCGGACACUCGCCCACCGUGCACCAGAGGGCGCUGCGACGCAUCUACGGCGACAAGGUGGCAGUGGACAUCAUUGCAGGCCUAAAGAAAAACCCCGUUGUCGCUGUACCUGUUGUACUGAGGAGGUUGAAAGCUAAAGAGGAAGAAUGGAGAGAGGCUCAGAAGGGCUUCAACAAACAGUGGCGCGAACAAAACGAAAAGUAUUAUUUGAAAUCUCUCGACCAUCAAGGGAUCAACUUCAAGCAGAACGAUCUGAAGGCGAUGCGCUCGAAGACUUUGUUCAACGAGGUAGAGAGCGCCUACGCGGCCCGCCGUCCGGGGCCGCACCUCGUGGUCGACUACAACAUGCAGAGCCGACAGGAAGCAAUAAAAAUUGUUCGAGACACCGCGGAGCUCCUUAUACAUCACGCCAGGAGACAAACUGCUAUACAGAAGGCUGAGAAACGGAGAAUCAAACAGUUGUUAAGGCAUUUCCUACCCGAUCUCUUCUCGCAUCCACGGCAGCCGCUAUCUGAUGAUGAGAAGGAUGAAGAAGACAAGGAGGAUGCACCGAGCCCGGAAUGUCCAAUCGAUCAACAGGGUCAAGAAAAUGACAAGAAUAAUUUAAAACAAGAAAUAAAACAAGAGUCAUCUGAAUCUGAUAACGCGUCAGACAAGAGCGGCAAGAACGGAAAGAAUAACAAAGAGAAUAAACCCAAAAAUAAUAAUAAUUUGGAGAGCAAUAAAGAAAGUGUACUAACCCAGCCGACUAAUGGAAAGAGGUUAAGCAAUGAUGAUCAAAUACUGAAAUCUGACUUAAAGACUGAACCAUUCGAAGUAGAAGAUGAUCUCAGGGAUCACCCCCCUAAUGAGGGCAGGUUCGUGUGCACGUCCUCGUGGUACCUGUUCCUGCGCGUGCACGGCGCGCUGUGCCAGCGGCUGGCGGCCGCGCGCCGGGCCAUGUGCGCCGCGCCGCCCGCCCGCCCGCGGCACGACCGCCCUCCCGCGCUCGCCCUGCGCCUCGCGCCCGCACACCAUUUGCCAGCGGACGUGUCGUCGCCAACAGAAUACUACAACUUGUUGCUGGACCUGGUGAAGGGCGUCCUCGACGGCAACAUGGAAUCUUCCGCCUUCGAGGAUGCAGCCCGAGAAAUGCUCGGGAUCAAAGCCUAUCCGGCCUACACGCUGGACAAACUGGUGUCUAUCGCUGUCAGGCAGCUGCAGCACUGCGCGUCGGAGCCGUGGUCGGUGCGCGCGGCCGAGCUGUGCGCGCGCGACAUGCGGGCCGCGGCCGGGCCCUACGUGCGCCGCGCCCUCGCCGCGCUGCGCCCGCACCACGCCGCCUUCCUCGUGCGAGCGUACGGUGGAGACGAGUGUAAAGUAACAUUUGAGCUGCUAGAAAGCGCUGGAGAAGGAAGGACGUCCCCACACAACAACGACAACAGAAUGUCACCGACAGCACAGCGCACGAGUGGAGGUGUGGGCGGAGUGAAAAGUGUCGGCGAAGGCGAGGCGGUGUCCCGGUGCGCGGCCUGGUCGCUGUACGCCGAGCGGUUCGCCAGCAACAAGACCAGCGGCGUGACGGCGCGCGGCAAGCCCGUGUUCCUGGCGCGCAACGCACGCGCACGCGGCCUGCACGCGCCCGCCAACACGUCGCGCUGGCCGCAGCCGCCGCGCCGCCCCGCCCCGCGCCGCAAGCCCGCCGCGCACGACGCCGCCGAGUGCACGCUCGCCGAGCUGCGCUGCCGGCUCGUGGCCUGCCGCCCCUUCCGCCUGCUGCAGCGCGGAGCCCUGGCCGCCGCGCGCGCCACGCACGAGCGCCUCAGCCGCCGCCGCCGCGACCGCUUCCGGGCCUGGCUGGACGCCAACCGACCGCACCUAGACGAGCGCCUCUCUAUCUAACUUCCCUUAUAGCGAGAGAGAGGGGUAGAUCUCAGGGGUAUUUUUAUUCAGUGAAACUAUGAAUAUCGAAUUUUGUCUUAACACUAAUCAUACCAACACUCACUGGUACCUAUUUGUUCCAUAGCGGAUAGAUAACAGUAUAUGUCAAUGUAUUACUCAAAAUUAACAAAACAAAACAACAACAAAAAAUUGUAUGAUAACUGUAGAUUAAUUGGUAAGCAAAAGUCAUGAAGUCAGAUGUGCAAAAGCAAUAAGAUAAUGAUAUGUACAUUUUCAAUGCAAAAUUUGAAAAGUUACGGUAUGUUUAGUGUUAAACACAAACAAUUUCCGAUUUAAAACGAUAAUUGCAUUAGGACGCGGGCGCACGCUACUCACACUCAAAACGGAAGUACCCGGAACAUAGAUUAUACGCUUCUCUGUCAAAAGACAGAUAAUAAAAACUAUGUAUAUGGCCGCGAGAGUGACGUACAGGUCGGUUUGCUAUACCGUGCAUUUAGCUGCCCCGCGCAGGACUCUAGGAGAAAGGACUCUGCCUAAAACACACAGUUCUACACUUAGUUUUUACGUCACAUUAACCCAGUACUAUUCGAAUAAAAUUUAGCGACAUAUUGUUCUAGUUAAGUAGAAAGUCUAUUUCAUAGAAAUUCAGACAAUGUAAAUACCCAAAAAUCUUAACGAUAUGUUAACGAUGGCUGCCUUGUGUGGUGCAGUCCUUUCUCGACUUCAAAUCGAAUUAAAAUAAACAUCUAAAUACAACAAAUAAAUAAGAAUCCUUCCGUCUAUUAGAAUGUAUAUAUACAUUUCUGAUGAGUGUUUCACAUAAUAAAAUUCCGUAACAAUGUACUAGUAAAGAUCUGAGAUUUAAAUUAAUUAACGAAUUAUUCCUCUAUUGAAUUAGGUGCAAAGUUAUUCCAUGAUUGCAGAGUGUUUUAUAGAUUAUCACAUGUUUAGAUUCAGCAAGAUGAACAACAGAGGAUUUGCCCUAAGUCGAUCUUAACAUCGUGUGGGCUGUAGAUGUUAUCAAUUGUUGAUUUCUUUUUUGUUGUUGAGAAAUCUGAUGUAAUAAAAAAGUAUUAAAAUGUUUUUCGUGGCAUUGUCGAGGCAAUGUAUCUGAAUAAUAGAACAAACCUAUUUUAGUUGAAUCAAAGUGAAAAACCUAUUGUGUGCAAUGGCGGAUCCAGCUUUGGCGCCAGGAGGGGGUCACAUAGUCGUGAGCAAGUUAAGAACUUAUAAUUUAAUUUUGAUAACAAUAGAUAAUAAAUAAAUCAUGAUGUUCUUCAAUUAGUUCAAGUCCUGGAACUAGCUCAGGGGGGUCAUGACCCCCCCCCCCCUUGGAUCCGCCGUUGUUUGUAUGUGCGUCUGUGUGUCAGCAAACAAAACGCGCCACUAUCGGCAGCGGCAUUGUGUUGUAAAUUUGUACAAAUUUUAAAAACUAAUUUAGGUUUGUGUGUAUGUAUGUAUUUAUUUGUAACAUAUGAAUGUCACGUCGGUUUUGUCGAAUGGCGCGCGCGGCGUGUGUGUGUCCGGUGAGAUCUCUUUGUGUAUGUGUAUAAAUGAAAGUACAUAAUUUGUAUAUAUAGUUACGAGAUUUAAUUUUAAUGUCAGUGAUUCGUAGUUUUUAGUCGAGGCGAUACUGUUAAUUUGUAAAGAGAAAAAAAAAACAAUGACUCUGUGAAAAUAAAUAUUAUUAUAUUUAUAAUA